AUGGCGAACACGAACCACGGCGACCAGAACCAGAGAGCCGGCCGCUGUGAUGUGUCUGGAGGAACCAUCGUGGGAAAUGGUUCUGCGAGCAAAGACCUGCUCACCUCUAACGUCCAAAGUGAAACCAACGGUGAGUCCAGUUCAACGCCACAAAGCGACCUUGUCCUGCCCACUUUCAAACCAACCUGCUCCUCCACCCCCAUCUACUACAGCAGCCCCCCAAAAGGUUUCUCAGACUUGGAUCGCCACAGUUUGACUUCUCAGGACUCAGGAAUCCCCACUUUAGAGGUCAACCCUCCGGACCCCAUCCUCCACAACCACCGAUCAUCGGGUGAUGGAGGCUUCAUGCUGGACACCAAAGACUCACCUGCUACUUUACCACUGGAUGACUGUCCAUCUGAUAGCAAUUGCGUACACAAGUCCUCUACCUUCCCCCGCAGUGGCUACGACUCUAUUCGCCUCUUCAGCACCAACCUCAGACUAAACCCAACCACAGGGUUGGGUGUGGCCGGCAGAACUUUAAACCGCAGUGAUGACAUCUCGGUGUGCAGCGUUUCAAGCAUGAGCACUGAGCUGUCUGUCUCCAAUGAGGACAUCUUGGAUUUUACCGUCACUUCUGACUCUAGCGUCGUCGUAACCUUUGAUGCAGGUCACAGUGACACAGCUCACUUCUCAGAUGUGACAUUGUCUUCGUCGCCAGGAGACUUGUGUAGUCCUGGAAGAUUGCACUCGGGGUUGGGUAUCGACCAACAGGAAGAUGGAAGGUUAAAGAAACUGGGACCGCUGGCAAGCUUGUUUAACCGGAGUCUGUUUUCUAAGAAGGUGAAGGACAAUCGGUCAGAGGAGCCCAGGGAACCUGGCUGGAAGCUGUUUGGGAAAGUCCCUCUGCGGGAAGGACCCAUUAAGGAUCCAAAGAAAAUACAGACGGAAUAUGAAAUAAAGAGCAGCAGACCUGGACCUGGUAACCCGACUUCCCCCAGGCAGAGUGUGAGAAAGAACCUGGACUUUGAGCCACUCUCCACCACUGCACUGAUACUCGAACACAGACCUGCUAAUUUGCCUGCCAAGCCUGCAGAGGAGGCCCAGAAACACCGACAGCAGUAUGAAGAGAUGGUGGCCCAGGCCAAGAAGAGAGAGUUGAAGGAUGCUCAGAAAAGGAAGAAGCAGCUGGAGGAUCGAUGUAAGCUUGAAGAGAGCAUCGGAACAGCAGCCCAGGUGUGGAACCAGGAGAUCUUACCCAACUGGAGUACAAUGUGUACGUCUCGACGGGUGAGGGACCUCUGGUGGCAAGGCGUACCCCCGAGUGUCAGAGGCCGAGUGUGGAGCCUGGCAGUAGGCAACGACCUCAACAUCACACAUGAGCUGUAUAACAUCUGUCUCGCCCGAGCAAAAGAGAAGUGGAAUACCACAGCAGCUCCCACCACAGACACUGAAACUAUAGGUUCUUCGGACCGAGAGUCGAGUCUGGAGCUGAUCAAGCUGGACAUCUCCAGGACCUUUCCCCAACUGUGCAUCUUCCAGCAGGGUGGGCCCUACCACGAUGUGCUGCACAGCAUUCUGGGAGCGUACACGUGUUAUCGGCCAGAUGUUGGUUAUGUGCAGGGCAUGUCGUUCAUCGCUGCUGUGCUCAUCCUGAAUCUGGACACGGCCGACUCCUUCAUAGCUUUUGCCAACCUGCUCAACAAGCCCUGUCAGAUGGCGUUCUUCAGAGUGGACCACAGCCUCAUGUUGACGUACUUUGAAGCUUUUGAAGUGUUCUUUGAAGAAAAUUUACCAAAGCUCUUUGCACAUUUCAAGAAAAACAACCUGACCCCUGAUAUUUACUUAAUUGACUGGAUCUUCACUCUGUACAGCAAGUCUCUGCCUCUGGACCUGGCGUGUCGGGUGUGGGACGUGUUCUGCAGGGACGGCGAGGAGUUCCUGUUUCGCACGGCGCUGGGCGUGCUGCGUCUCUUUCAGGACGUUCUCACUUCCAUGGACUUCAUCCACAUGGCUCAGUUGUUGACCAGGCUGCCUGAACUCAUCCCGGCUGAGCAGCUCUUCCAGCACAUUGCCGCGAUCCACAUGAACAGCCGCAACAGGAAGUGGGCUCAGAUCUUGCAGACGUUGACAGAACAGAAGAAAUCGGCAGCGAGACAGUCCGGCGCUGAAGCACUGAGCUGAGAUCAGAGGGGACAUCACAGUUCUCUGAUCCCUCCAUCAGGAAGACCCAGACUGUCACCAGGCCAGAGGGACCUGGAAGAGACAGAGAUCCAGUCCAUCAAGCUCGGGGACCAUUCUUCCUGUAGCUGCUUUUCAUAGCGUCGUGUUUCUGCUCUGACCCAAACCAGCAUCCCAGAGGACAGUCUGCUACUGGUUUGGCAGCAGUGUGGAAAGAAAAGAAAAACUAUCUGAGGCCUUACUUA